CGGCGCCGAGGCGCCUGCGCGCCGCCGCAGGAGCAGCAUGGCUACGCGGGCCAAGCGGCGCCCGCCGCCGCCCGCCGAGGAGCGGGGCUCGGGGUCGAGCUCGGAGUCGGGCUCGGAGUCGGGCGACUCGGACUCCGCGGAGGACGAGAGGCUCGAUGAGGAAGUGAAUAUUGAAUUUGAAGCACAUUCAAUAUCAGACAGUGAUUACAAUGGGAUAAAGAAAUUACUUCAACAGUUGUUUCUAAAAGCUACUGUUAACAUUGCUGAAUUAACUGAUACAUUAAUACAACAGAAUCAUAUUGGAAGCAUUAUCAAGCAAGCAGAAAUCCAAGAAGACAGUGGUGAUGAUGAUGAUGAAGACGAAGUCUUUGGUUUUAUAAGCCUCUUAAACUUAACUGAAAGGAAGGAUACACAAUGUGCUGAACAAAUCAAAGAGCUGAUUUUAAGUCGAUGUGAGAAGAACUGUGAACAGUGUGUAGUUGAACAACUAGAGAAGAUCCUAAAUGACAAUACUAAGCCUGUGGGUCUCCUACUGAGUGAGAGAUUCAUUAAUGUACCACCACAGAUUGCUUUGCCUAUGCACCAGCAGCUUCAGAAAGAGCUGACUAAUGCACAGAGAAAAAACAAACCUUGCGGAAAGUGCCACUACUAUCUUCUUAUCAGCAAGACCUUUACAGAAGCCACAAAGAGCAAUUCUAAGAGAAGGGAAGGGAAAAAUCAGCAAAAGGAGGAAUUAAUGUUUGCAAAUGCAGAAGAAGAAUUUUUUUAUGAGAAAGCUCUUCUGACGUUCAACUAUUCUGUGCAAGAGGAGAGUGACACCUGUUUGGGCGGCAGAUGGUCCUUCGAUGACGUACCAAUGAAACCUUUGCGGACUGUUAUGAUAAUUCCAGCUGAUGGGAUUAACGCAAUUAUGGAUAAACUUAAAGACUAUCUCUCAAUCUAAACUCUCCUGUGAACACCGUUUUUUUUAUAAAGCAGUCAUGCAGAACUAUGACUUCCCAGUAGCUUCAGAAGACUACAGUUGAGUUCACAGUUUUGUACUGUUCAGAUAUUUCCUCUGUACACUUAGGAGAAAAGUAGGUGGUGCAACUAUCAAUAACAAUGAAAUUAAUAUUUUAAAAUAUUUUAUCGUUAAACAUUCAGUAAGAAUUGCAGAGAGUAAGAAUCCAACGUUCCAAGGAACUUCAAGAACUGCUCAGUGUUUUUUAACAGUCUACAUCAUGUGCUGUCACGUUGGCAGACAAUUCAUAUAACUCUUUAAGAAAAGUAUUUUUCUUAUUUUCAUGUGAAUUUCUUCUGUUAAAUGCAUUUAUGCCAAAAGCUCAAAAUAAUUACAUGAGUUAAAAUUGGGGUGUAUAUUGCGUAUUCUGUUUUUAUUUGUAUUCAUCCAAUUUAUAAUACUUAAAUCUAAGUCAUUGAAUAAUACAUCUUUGUUCAGUGGGACUUUGGAGAUAUUUCCCAUAUUCUUUCACAUCAUAGUUAGUUUUCUGUUCCUCCUUCGUUGCUGAAACAGGUGACAAAUGAUUGAUCACUUCCUGAAGAAUAUCCUUACUUUCACUAGGAGGAAGAUUGGUAAAAUAAUACUGAGGUGCCAGCUCCACGAAUCUGGUGAGGAAAUAAAACAUUAUUAUAUUUCAUUAUUACACAACAUUAUUAUUUAAUUGAAAUUUGAAAUGUUUAUAAAGCUAUUUCCAGGCUUGUGCGCAAUAAAGCCAGCAACAUGCUGAUGCGGACA